GCGCGCUCGCGCCACAGCGGCAGGCUGAGGAAAAGCCUCUGAUCACAUUCAAUGCUCGUGAAGUGAGAAGCUCCGCUAGUACCGAGCGCACGCGCUUCUUACUCCGUAAUUACCGUGCCUGUCUCGGAUGGUGCACUCGAGUCCAUCAGCGGAUGGUGUUGUGUGUUUAUUUUCUUUUCCCCCGCGGUGCCGUGUGUGGAUUAUUCCCCAUUUCCCGGAGCGGACACCGAGCAGUGGAGGCCCCGCGGUGUGAGUGAGCGCGAGAGAGAGAGAGAGAGAGAGAGAGAGAGAGAGAGUGUGUGUGUGUGUGUGUGUGUGUGUGUGUGUGUGUGUGUGUGUGUGUGUGUGUGAGAGAGAGAGAGAGAGAGAGAGAGAGAGAGAGAGAAAGUCCGUGAACCCGCGCUGCCUUCGGGCCAGAAUAGCGAUGAGGUUCCCUCCUCGGUCUGCGCCGCGGCUCAUCUGACGCUGGCAGUCCCAGUUUCCUCGCCCACUGGGGGUUAUUUCUCCGCGCGCGCGCGCGUGUUUCUCGUCUCCUAGAGACACUGCAUUUCCUCAAAGCUGGACACCUCUGGAGCGGUGUAUGACGACUCUGGCUGGAGCGUAAUGAGCUCACGCUUCCGGUUGCCUGCUGGCAGAUCCUACAAUGUCCGGGCGUCGGAGCUGGCACGUGACAGGCAGCACACCGAAGUGCUCUGCAACGUCGUUCUGUUGGACAACACCGUCCAGCCUUUUAAGGUUAACAAGCACGAUCAAGGACAGGUCCUGCUGGACGCAGUUUUUAAGCACCUGGAGCUGACCGAGAGAGAUUAUUUCGGGCUGUACCUGGCCGACGAGUCCUCCGACAGUCCGAGGUGGCUGGAUCCAAACAAACCCAUCAGGAAGCAAUUAAAAAGGGGAUCUCCUCAUCAUCUGAACUUCCGGGUGAAGUUUUUUGUGAGUGACCCCAACAAACUUCAGGAAGAGUACACACGGUACCAGUAUUUUUUGCAGAUCAAGCAGGACAUACUUAGUGGGAGACUGCCCUGUCCGCACAACACUGCCGCACUACUGGCGUCCUACGCUGUUCAGUCUGAGCUAGGGGACUACAGGGAGGCGGAGAACCCACCCAGCUACCUUUCUGAGUUCUGCUUUAUCUCCAACCAGCCGCAGGGCUUUGAGAAAGAAGUGGCCAAGCAUCACCAGCAGCACAGCGGACUAAGCCCGGCCGAGUCCGAGUUCAAUUACCUAAACACCGCUCGCACGCUGGAGCUCUACGGAGUGGAGCUGCACUAUGCAAGGGAUCAAAGCAACACGGACAUUUUCAUCGGGGUCAUGUCGUCUGGAAUAGGCAUUUUCAAGAGCAGGGUACGAAUCAACUACUUUCCGUGGCUGAAAAUUGUGAAAAUCUCAUUUAAAUGCAAACAGUUUUUCAUCCAGCUGCGAAAGGAAGCGAACGAGACACGAGACACGUUACUUGGCUUCAACAUGGUAAACUACAGAUCCUGCAAGAACCUCUGGAAGACGUGCGUGGAGCAUCACACUUUUUUUCGGCUGGACCAGCCCGUACCUCCUCAGAAGAACUUCUUCUCGCACUACUUCAGCUUAGGAUCAAAGUUCCGCUACUCCGGAAGGACAGAAACACAGUCUGUACAGUACGGCAAGGAGAAGGGAAUCAAGGACAGGGUGUUUGCCAGAUCUCCCAGCAAGCCUCUGGCUAGGAAGUUGAUGGGUGUGACCGACUGGGAGGCAGUGAGCAGGAACUCUGUGUCUGAGGAGAGGCUGGAGACCAGGAGCCUACCCACCCGGUCUCCUCCUGGGACCCCCAACCAUAGGAAUUCUCUAUUUGUGCAAGAGGGGCCCCGGCAGCGGCCAUCAUCCAUGGGACAUUUAGUGGAGCAUGUGAUUCAUGCUUCGCCCAGCCUGCCUGCUUUCACCAACCACAAAUCAGCCUCAUCCACACAAGCCAACAGCAUCAGCCUCGACUCCACACCCUCUCCAGAAGGUGUAGAUGGGCCACCCCCAGCACUGCCACCCAAGCAGUCCAGGAAGAACCUGAGUCAGAACCUGAGUCAGCUCAUCCUCUCUCACUCUCAGCAGGAUCUCGACAACCAUGUGAACGAGAUGUACGAUAUCCCAGUGGCAACAGACAAGAUCAUGGUCAAUGGAGUUGUUCCUCAUGAUAAUCUUGUUCUGAUCAAGAUGAAGCCCGAUGAAAAUGGCAGAUUUGGAUUCAAUGUUACGGGGGGCUCUGAUCAGAAGAUGCCAGUUAUUGUGUCUCGGGUGGCUCCAGGAACAUCAGCUGAUCUGUGUGUUCCCCGACUGAACGAGGGUGAUCAGGUCGUUCUGAUAAACGGCCGUGAUAUUUCCGAGCAUACUCACGACCAGGUGGUCAUGUUCAUCAAGGCAAGCUGUGAAAGCCACUCAGGGGAGCUCAUCCUGCUGGUCAGGCCCAAUGCAAUCUAUGAUAUGGUGGAGGAUAAGAUGGAGAUGGAGCCUGAUUUCCAGUACAUCCCAGCCAAAUCACCCUCAGACCCAUCAGAGCUGGAUCAGAAUGCCUGGAGAGACUCCAUGCAGCAGCUGAAUGAAGGCCUGAGCAGUGGAGCUCUGCUUGCUCAGUUUGACCAACUCUACCGUAAAAGGCCUGGUAUGACCAUGUCAUGUGCCAAGUUACCACAGAACAUCCCCAAAAACCGCUACAGAGACAUCUCGCCUUACGAUGCCACACGCGUCAUAUUGAAAGGCACAGAUGAUUAUAUCAACGCAAAUUACAUCAAUAUGGAAAUUCCAGCUUCCAGUAUUAUCAAUCGAUAUAUCGCCUGCCAAGGGCCCUUGCCCAAUACAUGCACUGACUUCUGGCAGAUGACAUGGGAGCAGGGCUCUUCCUUGGUGGUCAUGCUCACCACUCAAGUGGAGAGAGGCCGGGUGAAAUGUCAUCAGUACUGGCCCAGUCCCUCAGGUAGUGCCACCUACGGUGGUUUCCAUGUGUCCUGUCAAACUGAGGAGGGAAACUCUGCGUUCUUGGUUCGAGACAUGACCCUCACUCAUGAAGAGACGGAGGAAAGCAGGGAACUGACUCAGAUCCAGUAUUUGGCCUGGCCUGACCACGGCGUGCCUGAUGACUCUACUGACUUCCUGGACUUUGUUGCACUGGUGCGGAGUAAAAGAGCAAGAAAAGACGAGCCGGUGGUUGUCCACUGCAGCGCUGGGAUUGGCCGGACGGGAGUGCUCAUCACCAUGGAGACAGCAAUGUGUCUAAUGGAGUGCAGUCAGCCUGUGUAUCCGUUGGACAUCGUGAGAACCAUGAGGGACCAGCGGGCCAUGAUGAUCCAGACCCCUAGCCAGUUCAAGUUUGUGUGUGAGGCCAUUCUGAAGGUGUACGCGGAGAGCCUGGCCAUGCCACCCAAGCCCACGCUGUACAACUAACUGGGCAGUCACCAAGCUUCACCGGCGGAUCCCCAGAAAUAGCACCACUGCAGGGCCUUGAAGAAGUGUGCUGAAUAAAACGCUGGUUUAUCACACAAGGGUCUCAGGUUGUGCAAUUUUGUUUUCUUUCUUUUUUUUUAAAUUAUUAUUUCUUUUUUGUUUUUUUUUAACGUGUGAUAUUUAUCUCAGCAUGUUACAGGAAGAAAAGAAAAAAAGUAUUCGAUUCGGACAGUUAUGUUUGUGGACGUUCUGCUGUCACACGGUGCUUUAAUGCUUUGUAGAGCACGAGAGAUAAAUCACCACGCUUUUAGGUCACAUUCAGAGUGUGAGAUCAUUUUAGAUAAAGCACACUUUUUCAAAGCGCUGUGAAGACCCAGAGUGGACGCAUUGGAAGAAAAUCAUUCUUGAGCCAGGAUCAUACAUAGGACAUUUUUUAAAAAAAACAAAGCACUAUUGCACUUUACACUGGCAACUGAACAAUUUGCCAAGCUUCAUGAAAAUGGGGGAGAAAAGGAAAAGAAAAAAAAAAUGUAAUAAACGCUGGUACUCGUAGAGAAUUUGAGUGUUCAAGGUUUAUAUAUGUUGUUGAUGAAAAAUUUGAGAUUGCUGUGGAGCCAUAUGUAAGUACAAAAGGGCAGGCCCAUGAGUGUGUGUUUCUUUAUAUAUAUAUAUAUAUAUAUAUAUAUAUAUAUAUAUAUAUAUAUAUAUAUAUAUAUAUAUAUAUAUAUAUACACACACACACACAUAAUUGUGCUUACCUUGCUGAUCCAAAUUAUCCACACAAUGCAUUUGUCUUUUAAUAGUGAUAUUUACCAUGUUUUAGUUUCACUCUCCCACCCUGUCCAGUCAACAAAAAUGAAUUCAUGCUCCUGAUGAGGACAAUGGCUUGUUAUCUGAAAUCACAUGCCCCCCCCCCCCCCCCCCCAUUUUUUCUUUCAGCAUAGGUAAUGAGUGCUUUUUAUUUAUUAGCAUCCUUGAUUUUAUUGAAAUCCACCCAGUUGCCAGGAAACCUAGAGCACUUUGUUUCGUGAUACAAACCUGCAGCUUGUUAUCCUCCUCCUCUCUGUAAUCCUAAGCGACUGUGCUUGCCAUUUGCAACUCUCCUCUCGAAUCCGAUGGUGCAUCUGGACAGGGGUCAUGUCUCGUUUAGUACACAUCACUCAUAUGUUUUAAAAUCUUAACACAUAAAGCUGUCUUAACAAGUGUAUAAAGACUACUGUUGGUCUGGAGAGUUUGUGUGUGUGUGUGUGUGUGUGUGUGUGUGUGUGUGUGUGUGGUUGUGUGGUGACAUGGGCAUGUAUGGCUGUUUCCAUUUGUGCCUCUUCAAGUUGCCUAAACAGUACAGCUAGCCGUGAUUACUGAUCUCAGAGCAGUAAGGACAAGACAGUCUCCGGUCAAGACUUAUAAAAAAAUUGGCUUGUUAUGGAUAAGCUUCUGUUGACUAUUAUUGUGGGACCCCUAACCAUGACUUUUCUCUUAUUUGAGAUGUGUAUCUAACCGUACUUUAAAAAGAAUGAUCACAGAUGCUCGUGAGGAGUUGCCAGAAAAUGUCCUCAAAAUAAGCUUUUAAGCCGAUGAAGAGUUUAUGCUCCAUGAAAGGUUCAGUGGACUUUCUGCUUAAUGCUGAUUUUUAGACGCGUUUUAGAUUCGGGAAACAAAAAUUCUGUGUACAUACAAGUGUGCCUCGAUGCGUUAAAUGCUAGAUCAAAGGUCAAACAAGCGCAGAGGUACAGGAAAUGUCUGUGUGGUAAACAGACCACAUUGUGCACAUACGCGUAUUAGUGCGUAAACAGGAUGAAAUAAACUGUGUGUGUGUGGUGCACUUGUUCAUGAGAGGUGUAUCAGUGGCUGGUCUGAUCACUUCCUGUCUGAAGCUGUGAGGUCACAUGUUGCCGUGUGCUGAUAUCGUGACUCAGUGGAUGGCGCUCUAGUGCAUAUGCAACACAGCAUCUGACUCCAUACGUGGCCACAGCGGAGAGAUCAGUGUGAUCGUGACUACCCAACACUGCACUCACAAACACGGGGAGAGAAUGAGUGUGACCGUGUGUGUGUGUGUGUGUGUGUGUGAACAGACUCUGCUCUGUUAACGCUGCAUUUCCACGCAAUGUGCAGCUUGUGAAGAAUCUGUCUGCUUUGUUUUCUCUGUGUGUGUGUGUGUGUGUGUGUGUGUGUGUGUGUGUGUGUGUGUGUGUGUGUGUGUGUGUGUGUGUGCGUGUGUGCGUGUGUGCGUGUGUGCGUGUGUGCGUGCGUGCGUGCGUGCGUGCGUGCGUGCGUGCGCGCGCGCUGUGUUCAGGUCUUAUUGAGUCUAGCCUUAGGCAUUCAACUGAAUUAGCACAGUGUCUGGUUCAGGAUUGGCACGUGACCUUUAUGGUCCAGUGUCUCUCCUGUUUCCUCAGCCUUCCUGAGACUUCCUCUUUCAGACAGAAUAUGCUUUAUACAUGAACAGUCUGUUUUCUGUGUUUUACCUGUUAAACGAGCCCAUGUCCCACCGGUCAAGUCAUACCACAGGUGUGCACCCGGACUAGGAGGGACCCAACAGAAAAAUAGCAGGAGUUGCCGGACAAAGAAAGACCGCGUUUAUUAGAUCACGCAGGGUGGGAUUGAAACCUUCUGCAGCGUUGAGCAGGAUUAAUCAGACUUGCUGUGUAAGUAAGUGGGAUUGGUAAAACUCUGUGCGGGAUCUGGCGGGAUUGGUCAAACUUUAUCUGGGAGCGGAUGGGCUUGAUCAGACCUUCUGUGGGACCGAGCAGGAUUAGUCAAACCCUCUGACUGAACGGGCAGAAUUGGUGAAACUUUCUGCAGAAGCCAGAGGGAUUAGUUAAGAUUUCUACAAGUGAGAUUGAUAAAACCUUCUGUGGGAGGGGGUGGGAUUGAAUAAACAGUUCUGCAUUAGUGGGCAGGAUUGGUCUAACGUUCUUGAGCAGUGGGAAGGAUUGAUAAAGCUUUCUGCGAGAGUGGGAGGGAUUGGUCAAAUUUUUUGUGAGAGUGUGAGGGAUCAGUCAAACUUUCUGCAUUAGUGGGUGGGAUUGAUCAGACUUUCUGUAGUCGCAGGUGGGAUUGAAAAAGCUAUUUGUGGGAGCCGGCAGGAUUGGUAAAACUUUCUGUGAAUGGGAGCAGUUUUUUAAAACUAGUCCCUUGCACACCUCUGGUUCACUUGCCCGGUUCAGGAUGCUGCAUCUCAAUCUGUUUCUUUGAACUCCCCACUAUCUCUGCUUUGCAUUUGUCCACUUUGUUUGUAUGUAUAGUAUGAAAUGGUCAUGUUUGGAAGCAGGUUUCAGGACCAAUUGCUAUGCUGUUGUUGAAUGUCCAGUUAGAAACAAACCCAGCAAAUGAUUCAGGUUUUGGUGUAGAUUUUUUUUUUUUUUUCAGAAAUAAAUAAAUAUAUAUCUAUAUAUAUAUACAUGAAUAAAUCUCUCGCGCCUUGCUGAAAAGGACAGCACUUUUUAACAGAGAGGGUCAUAGAAGCUACUAAAUACACAAUUUAACAUUUCUAAAGAUGUUGACAUUUAUAUUUAUCUUUUUUUUUUUUCCUCCUAAGUACCCCUGCAAAAAAAAAGUCGUUAACUUGUGCCACUUGUUUUAUUCUGUAAAUAGUCUACAGUGUGAAUAUGAUGUAUAUUAAAAAUGUUUAAAUAAAAGAGAGAAUGUGUGACAUUA